AUGGCGCUAAGAACGGACACGGCCCCACGGCUCGGCAAGCCACACCCGGGCCGCGGGAUCUGCGACCCCGCGCCAGGGGACGGCGGGCCCGGGCUGCGGACCGGCAGGGCGUCCGGCCUGCGCCCCUCUGACCCGCGGGACAGCGCUGACUCAGCGCCGGGCAGGGGGAGCAGGGAGGACGCUGGCCGCAGCCAGCAGGCGGGGGCGCGUUACCUAGGAGACGCUCGAAGGUGCCGCUGCCUCUCCCCAUCGCCACUUCGGACCCGGACCCGACGCCACGGGUUCUCCCUCGCUACCAGGUGGCGCGCCCCCGACUUCCGCUUCCGCCUUCUUCCCCACCCGCCCGGGCGGGCCUUGCACCGCGUCGCAGAGCUACGGGUGUUGGGGGAGCGAAGGGUCGGCAUGUGUCUGCUCCUGGGGCCCGCAGGCGUGGGGAAGACGCUCCUGGUAAAGCGCCUCCAGAAGCUGAGCUCUCGGGAUGGGACUGGCGACCUGGGGGAGCCGCCCCCGACGCGGCCCACGGUGGGGACCAAUCUGACUGACAUCACAGCUCAGAGAAAAAUCACCAUCCGGGAGCUGGGGGGCUGCAUGGGCCCCAUCUGGUCCAGUUAUUAUGGAAACUGCCAUUCUCUCCUGUUCAUGAUAGAUGUCUCUAAUCCCACCCAGCUCUCUGCGUCCUGUAUGCACCUCUUGAGUCUCCUUUCUGCAGAACAACUUGAAGAAGCAUCAGUCAUGAUACUCUUCAAUAAAAUUGACCUACCUUGCUACAUGACCAUAGAAGAGAUUAAGUCAUUAAUGAGGCUUCCAGACAUCAUUGCCUGUGCCAAGCAGAACAUCACCAUGGCAGAAAUCAGCGCCCGGAAAGGCACUGGCUUGGCUGCUGUGCUCCGCUGGCUCCAGGACACCCAUAGAACCAACAGUUGACUACAAAGCAGAGAAAUGCUUACCCACGCUGUGGAGAAGAGGCAAAGGGUGGCAUCGUUUGACUUCCAGUGGUUUACCCUUAAAGGGACAGAAUGACACAAUGUCACCCUAGAUGAGUUACAGUGAUGGGUAGACUGAGGCACCCAGAAUAUGGAAGCUCCUCACAUCUAGCAUCUGAGUGAUAAGACUGUCCCCUCAGCUGGGAGAGGAAGACAGGCCUGCAGGUGGCUGAAUGUCCUGCCAUCACAGCGUGGUGCUCCAGGGUUUGUUCCUCUCCUGCCAGGAGACCCACAGGAGUUUGCCCACGUCUGUAUGACUGCAUGGCACCACUGAGGCCUGCCCUCUGGCCACUAGUACACACUCCAGUGUUGAGUUUCCAGCACCCUGAUCACAUGUCCCUACAGAUGUGAGGUAGAUGAGGUCAGUGUGACACAUGUAUAAGAACCACACCUCAGGUUAGAAACAAGACCCAGCAUCUUCAUUGGUUUGCUCAUUUGGUAAAUAUUUCCUGCCUUGAGGUGCCCACAGGGUGCAUGGGCUCCCACUGGUGUGAGAGGAGAGGCUCAGGAGAAGCACAGGGAGUGGCUACCACAGGUUAAUGAUGCAUCAGUGUUCUGUGGUAGUGUCCAUCACUACUACAAACUCUGUAGCUUAAAACCACAGAAGGUGGACAGGUUAGCAAGUAAGAAACAUGAUAAAGUUUUUUGGUUUGUUUGUUUUUAAGUAUUGAGACAAAGUCUUAUCCUCUUGGGUAGGCUGGCCUUGAACACCUGAACUCACUGAAUCUCCCACUUUGACCUCCCUAAGUGCUAGUAAUUAAAGUUUUAUAUGACAUAGGAGUACUCAAAGACCUAAAGACCUAGGGAAGACUCUUAUUCUUAGGUUUGGUAAAGAAGGGACAGCUGUGUAGAUAAAUGAUUAGUCAAAAGGAUAUGAUCUAGGCUAGGCAUGGUGGCUUAUGCAUCCCAGAACUCUGGGAUCCUGAAGCAGGAGGACUGUUUGAGCUCAGGAGUUAGAGACCAACCUGAACA